UAUAAUAUAAUACACAAUAAUACUGUACUGACCCCUUGUGGGAAGAGUUUUUUGUGUUUUGUCCACACAGAGCUACCGUAGUUCAGGUAUUCUCUUUACAUUCCUACAGCAAGUCAUACUACAGAGUGUUAAAGUCUGUAAACAAAUAUUUUGGCUCCUAAACAUAUCUGUCUGUAAGUAUUUGUUUGAUAGUGAUCUUAGCUUCCAUUAGAUACCAAAUUUAGUCAUUUUAGCAUGUUUUCUAUAUGUAAUUUAUAAGAAAAUAUGUGGCGCUAUUACUGUUAGCUUCCUUAUGGCAUUUUCCAUGUAUGUUAGCAUCGUGCUAAUCGCUCGCUAAUGAGAGGGUUUUAGUUAUUUCUAAACUACUUAUUUCAUAUUUAUAUUGUAAUAUGCAUUCUCUUUGUUUCUGUAUGCUACAGUUUUACAGUUUUUCCAGUAAAACACACUAAAAGAGCAAGACGUUUCCGAGUUCUUUAUUGGAGACUGUUAGCUAUCUGUAAAGCUAGUUCACACACAACUAGUAAAGGCAGAAUAGUAAAAAGACAGAUGGAAGGCCAGCCAAAAGUCGAUACAGAAGACAACACUGCUGUCCCUCACCACCAAAGUACAGUCAGCAACGUUGGUGACCGGUGGGAAACAAGAUCGGAAUGUUCCAACAUCUCACGUGCCAGUCAGUGGUCACGUUCCAGUCAAUGGUCCAACGCAAGCGUUUUGGCAGCAAAAGCACGUGCUAAAGCAGCUGCCGCUCAAGCGCAGGCAUCAUACGCUGAAAGAGAAGCGGAAGUGAUAAAAAAGAAAGCAGAGCUUGACGCUGACCUCCUCAAACUGCGUCUACAGAGUGCAGCUGCAGCCACCAACGCUGAAGCAGAGGUCCUGGAGGCAGCGGCCGAGGAAGAAGGUGGAGAUACCUGGUUUCCAAAAAGCAGCGACAACGUCGUCCAGCCCAUACCAGUUCCACCUCCGCCGGCUAAUACCCGCUUUAACUCCGCACAAGCUACCACGUUAGUGCUUCCAGCAGCUCAGCGAGUAAAGUACAGUGAUGAUUCUGUUCAAAAUAAAGUCGAAGAGCACAGCAUACAAAACAGUGAGAUUAGUGAAUAUGGGUUUAAAGAGCUACCAGUGACACAUUCCUCACAGUAUGGCAUCGCCAGUGGAGCAGAUUGUUCUUAUGCCAAAAGCUCGUUCAAAAAUGCCUUUUCCACAUCUCACUCGCGGUAUCCAUCCCCAGUUACUACCGAUCACAGUUUCCAGCCUCACUCUAUGAAUCAGUCUGCCCCAUUCCAGCCCAGGCUAUCGUUUCCACUCCCUGUUGUUAGUGCAAACGAGUCCAAUUCCCCAGUCACGCCAGACUUAGCCAAAUAUUUGGUUCGUAGAGAGUUGGUUAGCUCAGGGCUUUUGACAUUUGAUGAUAAGCCUGAAAAUUACUGGGCUUGGAAGGCAUCCUUUACGAACGCUAUAGUAGGACUUUAUUUAUCCCCAAGAGAGGAGUUGGAUCUCCUCUGCAAGUGGUUAGGCCCCAAAUCAUCAGAGCAAGCAAAAAGAUUAAGGGCUGUACACACCUACGAUGCCACAGCUGGUGUCAAAAUGGUGUGGCAAAGACUGGAGGACAGCUAUGGGUCCCCUGAAGCGAUAGAGAAUGCUCUCCUGAAAAAGUUGGAAGAUUUUCCCAAAAUCGCAAACAGAGAAAAUCACAAGUUGAGGGAGCUAGGUGAUCUCAUCUCCGAGAUUGAUGCAGCCCGUGUAGGUGGUCUUCUACCUGGCCUGAGUUACCUAGAUACGUCCCGGGGCAUCACUCCUAUUGUUCAAAAACUCCCAUUCCACCUCCAAGAGAAAUGGAUUACUUCAGCAUCCUACUACAAAGAGCAACACCAUGCUUCCUACCCACCAUUCCCUGUUUUCGUGAAGUUUGUGUGCGACAAAGCUAAAACUCUCAAUGACCCAAGCUUUGCCCCUUUGCUCUCUACUGGUUGCCCAAGUGUUUAUAGGCCUGAAAGACUGAACAAACCCAACUUCAAAUCUGCAGUAUCUGUUCGAAAAACUGAAGUAACUGCUCCAAAGGGCUAUAGUGACUCCUCUGAAAAAAAAAUGAUAGAACCAGAUAAACUAUGCCCGCUCCACGACAAACCACACUCUCUCCACAAGUGUCGUGGUUUCAGAGCAAAGACUUUGGAUGAGAGAAAAGCCAUUCUGAAAGAAAAGAACAUAUGUUACAAGUGUUGUUCUUCUGUCAACCACAUAGCAAAAGACUGCGACAUACGUGUACAUUGCAAUGAGUGUAAAAGCGACCACCACAUCACCGCACUGCACCCUGGACCAGCACCCUGGAAAACGGAAGCUCUAGGCUCUGCAGCCCCAGACGGGCAUGGCGGGGAGCAACCAGAAAGUCCUAUCCAAGCCAUUGUGUCCAAAUGUACAGAGAUCUGUGGCAAAGGUAAUAGCUCACGCUCAUGCUCCAAAAUCUGUCUAGUAAACAUUUAUCCUGCUGGACACAAGGAAAAAGCAGUGAAAGCUUAUGCUGUGUUAGACGAGCAAAGCAAUAGAUCUUUAGCUAAAACGGAAUUCUUUGAGAUCUUUAACGUUAACACAGACACUAAAGUUUACACGUUGAAAACCUGCUCAGGUGUAAGUGAGACAAGGGCACGCCAAGCUGAAGGUUUCGUGGUUGAGUCUCUUGAUGGCAACACUAGCGUCCGGCUUCCCACAUUAAUCGAGUGCAACAUGCUCCCAGAUGAUCGGUCUGAGAUCCCGACACCGGAGGUCGCAAUACACUACACUCACCUCAAGCAUCUGGCAGACAAGAUUCCAGAUUUGGAUCCUAAUGCUUCAAUACUGGUCCUCCUCGGACGAGAUAUAUCACGAGUGCAUAAGGUCAGAGAACACUACAACGGCCCUCACAAUGCUCCGUACGCCCAGCGCCUUGACUUUGGCUGGGUCAUAAUAGGAGAGGUCUGCCUUGGGGGUGCUCACGUGCCGAGCAAAGUCAGUGUUUACCGCACAACAGUGUUGAGCAACGGACGCACAUCUCUUUUGGACUCUUGCUCCAACUCAUUCCAUGUGAAAGAAAAGGUCCUGAGCACUGACUUCCCAUUUAGCCUUUUGAACAUGACCAGCUUGAUUGACAUAGACGAAAACGACUGUCUCACUAACAAAUUGUUCAUGAGAACCCCACAUGAUGACAAACCCGCCAUGUCAGUGGAUGAUGAACUCUUCCUGGAGAUCAUGGAUGAGCAAAUGUUUAUGGAUGAGUCCAACAGCUGGGUGGCGCCACUACCCUUCAAAACAAGCAGGCACAGACUACCCAACAACCGAGACCAAGCGGUCAAACGUCUCAAUUCGCUGCGUCGCACGCUUGACAAAAGGCCCCACAUGAAAGAACAAUUCUUGAACUUUAUGCAGAAAAUGUUUGAGUCAGGACAUGCAGAACCUGUCCUGCCACCCGACAAAGACCAAGAGUGUUGGUACCUACCGUUUUUUGGUGUCUAUCAUCCUCGCAAACCUAACCAGAUACGCGUAGUGUUUGACUCUAGUGCCACUCAUGAAGGCACGUCUCUGAACGAUGUUUUGUUGAGCGGCCCAGACAUGAACAACACACUUAUUGGGGUCCUCUUGCGUUUCCGCAAAGAACCUGUGGCAAUCACUGCGGACAUAGAGCAAAUGUUCUAUUGUUUUGUCAUUCGUGAGGACCACCGCGACUUUGUGCGUUUCUUGUGGUACGAAGGUAACGAUCCCACGAAGGUCAUCAGAGAGUACAGGAUGACUGUACACGUGUUUGGAAAUAGCCCAUCACCCGCCAUAGCAAUAUAUGGCCUCCGGAGGGCGGCUCUGUCUACACAAGAUGAGUACAGCGACGAGGCCAAACAGUUUGUUCUUAAAAACUUUUACGUUGACGACGGACUGGCUUCCUUUCCUUCAGAUGCCAGUGCCAUCCAAACUCUGAAAAGCACCAGGGAAAUGCUUGCAGACUCUAACAUUCGCUUGCACAAAAUAGCCUCCAACAGCACAGAUGUAAUGGAAGCGUUUCCAUCUGAAGAACGUGCAAAGGAACUGAAAAACCUUGACCUUGGUGCAGAGCCCCUGCCCUUACAGAGGAGUUUAGGUCUUAACUGGAAUUUGCAAAAUGACUGUUUUACCUUCCUCGUGUCAAGAGAAGACAAGCCAUUCACAAGAAGGGGCAUUCUUUCUGUUGUUAACAGUUUGUAUGAUCCCCUUGGGUUUGCAGCCCCCAUUAUCAUGCAAGGCAAGGCUCUCAUCAGAGAAUUAUGCUCAGAGAACUGUGAAUGGGACACUCCGCUGCCAACAGGAAAAGAGGCACAAUGGAAAUCUUGGAAAAACUCACUUGUGGACCUUGAGAAGCUGCAAAUCCCUAGACAGUAUGUGAACACGUCACUACAAUCGACCUGUCAAAGAGAGCUGUGUGUCUUUGCAGAUGCUUCUACAUCGGCCAUAUCAGCAGUUGCGUACCUUCGAGCCAUAAACACCGAAGGUCAUGUCCACGUAGGCUUCUGCAUGGGCAAGUCCAAAUUAGCUCCUAGACAAGUCCACACAGUACCUCGCUUGGAGCUAUGCGCUUCAGUUCUGGCGGUGGAGAUGGCAGACAUGCUAUUAUAUGAACUUGACAUCGAAAUCCACAAAGUGAAAUACUACAUCGACAGCCGAGUAGUCUUAGGCUACAUCAACAACACCAGCCGAAGGUUCUAUGUCUACGUCGCCAACCGUGUUGCUCGCAUCAGAAAGUCAUCUGAACCCAGUCAGUGGAACUUUGUAAGCACGGAAAUCAAUCCUGCCGAUCAUGGAACACGACAUGUGCCGGCUUCACUACUGAGUUCUACCAAUUGGUUUACUGGUCCCGACUUCUUGAGGAAAAGUGAUGGAGAGUGUCCUUUGCAACCAGACAGCUUUCAACUUGUUGAACCUGCCACAGACAUUGAAGUCCGCCCACAAGUCUCAACAUUUGCAACCACAACUGUGACAAAACCGCUCGGCUCACACAGGUUUGAGCGCUUCUCCAGUUGGAAACGUCUUACACAAGCUAUCGCCAAACUCAUUGAAAAGGUCAGAUCUAUCACAAAAGAUCCUGAGUCAAAUGAAUCAAAGAUGGACGCUCUAACACAAGCAAAGUUAGUUAUCGUACGAACUGUUCAAGGUGAGACAUUUGAAAAUGAGAUUAGAACUUUGAACAGAAGAGAGGACAUACUAAAACACAGUCCACUGAAGUAUCUCAAUGUAUUUUUGGAUAAAGAAGGACUGAUGCGAGUAGGAGGACGUGUGACUUCUGCUGAAAUAACUCAAGAACAAAGUCAGCCCAUCGUUAUUCCAAAGAAGCAUCACAUUGCCGCUUUGCUGGUCCAGUUCUACCACAAACAGGUUGUGCACCAAGGUAGACACAUCACAGAAGGAGCCAUCAGGUCUGCUGGAUUGUGGAUCAUUGGAGGAAAAAGGUUGGUGACAAAUCUUCUCAACAAAUGCACAACCUGCCGCAGGUUAAGAGGAAAUGUACAACAACAAAAGAUGGCAGACAUUCCAGCUGAUCGUCUCAUCCAAACUCCUCCUUUCACACAUGUCGGAGUGGACAUGUUUGGACCAUGGAACAUUAGUAUCCGCCGGACAAGAGGUGGAGUGUUAGAGAACAAACGCUGGGCAGCAAUGUUUACCUGUUUAGUCACACGAGCAGUUCACAUCGAGGUAGUUGAGUCCCUCUCAACUUCAAGUUUCAUAAAUGCUCUCAGAAGGUUCCUGGCCAUAAGAGGUCCCACCAAGCUCUUUCGAUCAGACUGUGGAACGAAUUUCGUUGGAGCGUGCAAAGAGCUUCAGAUAAGUUUAGAAGAUUCAGAGCUUCAAUCCUACCUCAAAAACGAGACAUGCACUUGGAAGUUUAACCCACCUCACUCCUCUCACAUGGGAGGGGUGUGGGAGAGAAUGAUCGGAGUAGCCCGACGUAUUUUGGACGCUAUGUUGCUGAAAGUUCACUCUCCGAAUCUGACUCAUGAAGUACUUGUGACGCUCAUGGCAGAGGUAACAGCCAUAAUGAAUGGUCGUCCAUUAGUACCUGUGUCAUCCGAUCCUCAGCAACCCGACUUGUUGACUCCAGGGGCCCUUCUCUCUCAGAAAAUCUGUCCUGUCUCUAUUCCACCUGGAGACUUUGAUCCAAAGGACUUGUACCGUAAGCAAUGGAAACAGGUACAAAGUCUUGCUAACUCAUUCUGGAAAAGAUGGCGAGAAGAGUAUCUUGCAACCCUUCAACCAAGAAGAAAGUGGCAAGCAGAUCAACCAAACUUAGCCAUUGGUGACGUUGUUCUCCUAAAGGACACUCAGGUCAAAAGAAAUGAAUGGCCUACUGGCCUUAUUGUGGACAUUUAUCCUGGUCGAGAUAAAAAAGUACGCAAAGUAGAUGUACGAAUAAUUAAAGAAGGUACGGCUAAGGUGUACACAAGACCUAUUUCAGAAAUUGUGUUGUUAGUUAAAGGUUAAUAGUGUUAUAGCAGUAUACCAGGCGGGGAGUGUACUGACCCCUUGUGGGAAGAGUUUUUUGUGUUUUGUCCACACAGAGCUACCGUAGUUCAGGUAUUCUCUUUACAUUCCUACAGCAAGUCAUACUACAGAGUGUUAAAGUCUGUAAACAAAUAUUUUGGCUCCUAAACAUAUCUGUCUGUAAGUAUUUGUUUGAUAGUGAUCUUAGCUUCCAUUAGAUACCAAAUUUAGUCAUUUUAGCAUGUUUUCUAUAUGUAAUUUAUAAGAAAAUAUGUGGCGCUAUUACUGUUAGCUUCCUUAUGGCAUUUUCCAUGUAUGUUAGCAUCGUGCUAAUCGCUCGCUAAUGAGAGGGUUUUAGUUAUUUCUAAACUACUUAUUUCAUAUUUAUAUUGUAAUAUGCAUUCUCUUUGUUUCUGUAUGCUACAGUUUUACAGUUUUUCCAGUAAAACACACUAAAAGAGCAAGACGUUUCCGAGUUCUUUAUUGGAGACUGUUAGCUAUCUGUAAAGCUAGUUCACACACAACUAGUAAAGGCAGAAUAAAUACAAUAUAUAAUAAUUAAUGCAAAAAUAUUUCAGGUUGUAAAGACUGUUUUCUAACACUUAAUAUUA